CUCAGCAUACGCCGACAACUGCAAGGCAGAUCGUCGACGUCGGGCAGCAUGGCGGAUUCUAGGGAUCCUCGGCCGUCAACUGACGAAGAGACCGCCCCUCUUCUCCAGAACGUAUCUUCGCCAGACGACACGCGUGGACCACCAGAAAGCCCCUCAUUUACAGAGCGGCUCUCCUCUGCUGUGCAUGAACCUCUUUCACCUCUGACAAAAGUCCUCUUCGUCCUGCUUCUUCUGCUCCUGCUCCUUAGCUCUGUAUUCAUUGGUUUAUUCGCUGGUGCACAGCACAAGCUCAAUCAGGGGCAUGGAGGCGGCGGCGACAAUGAGAAGUCUCCUGUGACUGUAACGACAACUCAGAUCUUGACUGGAACUAUCACACGACCAGGCUCAUCCAUUGCAAUUACUACCACCGCAGUCACUACGACUGCAAUCACUACGACUGCAAUUACUACCACCGCGAUUACUACGACUGCAGUUACUACGACCACCGCUAUCUCAGCAACUACAACAGUUGCGACUACAACAGUCGCAGUCCCGGCACCCAUCCCGACGACUGCCCCAGAAGAGAAGACAUGCUUCUCUCCACAAUGCGUCAUGCUUGCUGCAUCGGUUAUCUCCUCGCUGGAUCAGUCCUACGAUCCCUGCGAGAAUUUCUAUGACUUCGCCACCGGAGGAUGGAUAAAGCAGCAUCCUAUUCCAUCCGACAAGGGCAUAUACGGCAACUUCGAGGCUCUCGCGCAACAGAACAAGCGCCUCAUUCAGCAGAUCCUUUCACAAGACUCGUCUUCAACUUUCUCCACUGUCGCCCUAAUUGAUGAUCAUGAAGAUCCAUACGAUGCCCAGAUUCUGAAGAAGCUCCGAGGUCUGUACAGCUCUUGCAUGAACGAAGACCUCCUGGAAGCACGUGGUCAGGAGCCACUGCUUCACGUCAUUCGCAACCUCAGGAAACUGUUCAGUGGAGAUAGCAUUAGCAUUGAAGGCAUUUUGGAGGAAAGGUUUAUUGCGGAUGAUGUACACAGCAAGUACGAUGGCGAGAAUGAUGGCCGUGGCAAGGAGAAGGAGAAACAAGGCCUUACGGCGGCUCUCUCAUACCUUCAUUCGACAGGUAUUGGUGGUCUUUUCGACACUGACAUCGAGGGCGACGUGGGGGACGAUCCGAAUUCCAUGGUUCUCUGGUUUAGCCAGCCAAAACUUGGUCUUCCAUCCAAGGAAUAUUAUGAAGAAGAGUCUAUCGUUGAACUUUACAGAAAUGUUUUGGAACGUCUCCUUGUUGCGCUUGCGGACGAAGAGGAUGAUGUCAGCCGGUUGCAGACAAACCCUGCUCUAGCGGUACAUGAAGAACGUCUUCGCGUUUGGCCGCCCAGGCCCUGGCCUCCAUGGGACCCUGAGGACCCGGACAAGCCCGGCAAGGACAAGCCCACUAAUCGCACAAAGGAAGCUCCCAAGCUAGCGAAGCAGAUUAUCGCGUUGGAAAAGAGGAUCGUAGACGCGAGUUUGGAUCUGGAUAUUCUCCUCCAGGACCCUAUUGCCACCUACAAUCCGGUACCUCUCUUGAACUUGACCGACGCUCUGCCCGAAAUUGCAUGGAGCACUUACUUCUCCACCUUCACGCCCCGUCACUACCCCGAACGUGUCAUCCUCACGUCGACGACCUACCCUGCAUCGCUUUCGUCCAUCUUACAGGAAACAGAUCGCGAUACACUCGAAGCGUACCUUGAAACCCGUGCGGCCCUAGCUCUGUCGCUGCACCUUGGUACGACUACUGAGGCCUGGCGCGCGACCCGCGUUCUCGAGGAGCGUCUAAGGGGCAUCAAGCCUGGGGCUGUUGGCGAUCGUGCGGAAUACUGCGUUGGGAGGGUCGAAGGCGCAAUGGGCUUUGCUAUUGGGAGGUACUUCGUCAAGGAAGUGUUUGGCGGGGAUUCUAGGGAGAAAAGCACUAAGGUCAUCACUGACAUUAUCGACGCAUUCAAGCGGUCCUUGAGCCACAUUGGCUGGAUGGAUAAAGAAAGCGCGAAGGCGGCGGCUGAGAAGGCUGAUGCUAUCCGCGUGAAGGUUGGCUUCCCUAUCUCGCCCGACACUCGCGACCCUAGGUCCAUCGCCGUCUAUUACAACCUUGUGAAGGUGCAAAAGACGAUGUUCUUCGAAAACAUGCUCAGUGCUAGUACGAGCGACGUCUACAAGAAGUGGCAGAAGCUCGGCAUGCAGCGUGAUCCUGAGUCCUGGGAGAUGUACCCAUCUAUGGUCAACGCCUAUAUCAGUUUCCCUGCCAAUGAGAUUUUCUUCCCUGCCGGUAUCCUGCAGCCGCCAUUCUUCUCUCAACACUGGCCUGGAUAUAUGUCUUAUGGAUCUUUCGGACAAGUUGCUGCCCAUGAGCUUACGCAUGCCUUUGAUUCGGCCGGACGCCUGUAUAACCAGCACGGUAAACUAGAGCAGUGGUGGACAAACUUCACUAGCGAUGGCUUCAAGAAGGUUCAGACAUGCAUCGUCGACCAGUACUCCUCGUAUACAAUUGAUGAUGGCCACGGCGGCAAAAUUCACGUAAACGGAAAUCUGACUUCUGGUGAAAAUAUUGGCGACACUGGUCUGAUCCAAGCGUACCGCGCGUGGAAGGAGCAAGUUGACGUCUCGGACGCCGCUGCUAGGGAAUACCUCCUUCCCGGUCUCGACUUCACUCGCGAGCAACUUUUCUUUAUCUCGUUUGCGCGAGCCUGGGCGCAGAACAUUAAACCCGAGGCCGCGGUCGCGCGCAUCAGGACCGAUUCACACUCGCCGAAUAGGUACCGCGUUGAUGGCACUGUGUCCAAUAUCCCCGAGUUCGCUCAGGCAUUCAAGUGCUCGCCGAAGGCGAAGCUCAAUCCACCGCAAGACAAGCGCUGCAUCUUCUGGUAACUCGAGUGGAUUUUGGAUUGGACUUCAGCAUAUUACGUUUUGUCACAGACUGCUACGUGGUGCUGUCUUUACCUGCGGCGCAUCAUUUUUGCUUCGUGAAACCUGUAAAUUAUCUAGCUUCGUACUGGAAUGGAUGCACAUGACUCAUCAUCAAUGUCGUGUCAUCAUGUGUGACGGAAGCUCAGACGAAGCCUAGGAUGUAUCGUCUGAUUCGUGGUAUUCACUACUCCACGAACCGAAGAACAAUGGGAGACCUAGUCCACCUCCAUGCGAAUGGCGAGAAAAGUAGUCAAAGUCGAUGUUGACUGCCUGCGCAAGCACAAGAGCUCUCUCUUCUAACGAAAGAUCCCGAAUGACGGUAGGCACACGCGGCGUCAGGUCAAACGGAUCGACGGGAGAGGGGCCAAAUCGUAUGAAGUAUUGGCCGGUAUCCGUGAAUACCUCGCGUCCAAGCCCUCGAAAUGCACGAUUCACGCUGGCAAGCUCUCCCCCGCGGGCAUCCCGCAGCGUAAAGUGCCACGCCAAGAGGUCUUCAUCGAUGCUCGCGAAUUGCUUGAACUGGACAUCGACAACAGCUUCCGGCUCUGGUUGUGGUUCCGACGCCACAGAGAGGAUACGACGAGGUGUGUCCUGUAAGAAUAGGUCAUAUCGCCUUCGCCACAGAUGCCAGCGUUGCUGCACUUCCGCGAAGGUGUCGAGUACAGGCUCGCCAUCUGCGGUGUACUGGUUGUAGUCGUGCAAUCGCUGGACGUACAUGCGCGAAUUUAUCCAAGCGAAGGGGCGGCGAAGCCAGAGAAUAGGAUCACCAAAGCGGUCCAUGACGAGUGCCCGGAAGGGUCUGUGCGUACGGAAAAUCUGGCGGGAGAAUAUGGAGAGUAUGCCUCGCGGUUCUUCGGCAAUGUAACCCAAGGUAUCUCCAAGCUCAUUGGAGAUGACAUAUCGGUUUGAUUGCUCAAAUCCCACAAAAAUGUUCAUCAUCUCGAUCUGUCUCGUCACGACAAGAACUUCAUUAUCGAGCAACAGCCGACGGAGUCCUUCCUCGGGAUCACCGGUUGGUGUUCUCCGGCUUGCCUCCCAAAGGUUGGACUCCUCUACGGAAGGCUUUUGCUCCUGGCCAAAUGCAGACCAUGAUUCUGAUUCUUUAGGAGAACUGGGACGCCGCGGGUUAACACGCUCUACGCGCUCUCGCUUUCUGCUGCUUCCGGGUCCUCUAUCUGGAAACCUAGAUUGAACGUAUGCUCUGCAUGGCUGUCGUGAUAUAGCGGCAGUGAAUGUGAUAUUUUUCCUUGAAUAUGUCCUUGCCACCAAUCUGG